CGCGAGUGGCGUUGACGACCGUAUUAAUUUAAGCCCUCCCUCUCAGCUCGAACAUCAUCAUUGUGCAUCUGCCCGGAUCAAUUCACUGUAUAAUCUGUACUUGUAACUUAUUCUCGCGCCCAGAUACCUCUCACGACCCAGCGUCACGAGUAUCACAAAUAGUUACCGACGAUAGUUAUUUCAACCCGCGAUGGCCCUUGCGCAUUUCGAGCUGCGGGACUUCGAACGUGUUGCGCAUCUGUGGUAUGAUGAUGGCAAUGUCAUAUUGGUCGCAAGGGGUAGAGGAUUCCGUGUCCAUCGCGGCGUACUUAUGCAGCGUUCACCGGGAUUCCGCGGACUCUUCCUUCCCCUCUCAUCUAAUUACUGCUCCGCGGGAGCAUGUCCCAUUUUACGGUUGCCGAAAGACCCACUUCAUCUGGAGCUUGUGCUGAGCGCGUUGUAUGAUAGAUUUUUUUUCGGUGACCUAGAUGUGUACCAUGAGAUACCGGAAGUGGCAUCCGGAAUCAUCUCCCUCGCGCACAAAUACGACUUCCGAAUCCUCCAUGAUGAGGCCAUUCAUCGCCUAUCGGAAGCGGGACACAUCCGCCACUGCUCAAAAGACAAUCCAUCAUAAGAGCGGUAUAUCAGCAAGUUAUAAUAUGACGCUAUUUUGUUCUGUGCAGACAAAGAAAAUCCG